GUUUCUCUGCAAGAGUUUGGGCCAGAGACAUGCAAUGAUUCGUUUCCAAGUUCAGAGAGAGAUCUUGGCCUGAAAUUGUAUCUUACUCAAAUUUUCAGUCUUAUUUCACGAGAUGAUAUCGAUCACCAUGCUCCACAGGACUCAAAUCACACUAGCCCGAAAGCAGUUCAUCUUCUUACUUGCAUCUUUUGCUUGCGACACUGCCUGGUAUUUCGUUGAAUACCACAUUAGGAGUUUACUGAAGAGCUUCAUGAGCUCUCACCCACCGCGAUGAAGAUCCUAUUCGUAUUUCGAGGACACACUCAACACUGCACGAUGAGAGAUGAAGGCUGGAAGAUAUAUAACAGCCCUCCUUGCCACCAUGGCGUUGGUCAAGCAUUACUUAACUCAUCAUCAGCCACUUUCUGCAGCUAGAAAUUUCUUCGCAUCUCAAAGAAUCUAGAUCUUGAGCUAAAACAUUCUGUCAUCAUGACUCAAGCAAUCCCAGUCGAUGAAGCUCUCGACUUCGAAUGGCAUGUCUUCGAGCAGCAAUUCCUCGAUUGGCAACACAUGACCCCGGAAGCAGUAUCACCAGAGACAUACACCAGCACUCUUCCAACCAGAGCAAGUCCGGCUAUCGAGAACGGAUCAUGUUCUCCACAGUCACCUGCUUCUCCAGAAAAUGGCGGAGUUGGAGAAGCAGACCUAGAAAUUUCAAAUGACAGCUUGAACAAGCAGUCCAGAGCCAGUUCGAGAAGGAGAAUUCAAAAUCGCGCAUCUCAAAGAGCUUUCCGUGCUAGACAACGACAGCAUGUUGAAGCCCUCGAAGAGAAGCUCAAAAGUGUGCUUUCCGAAUAUGAGCAGCUACAGCAGCGGUACACGGCUUUAAAUAUAGCAUACGAAACGCUGCUUAAAGAGAAAAGAAUGGAUAGCAUGAGUACAGUAACGUGUCCAACUUAUAGGAGCUCAUGGACAUCUGAUGAUUUAGGAGUAUUUGAAAAUGUAGAAAGUGGCUCCGGGGAUGGCUUGGGUAGGAUCUUGUUCUCGGGACUUGAGACUACUGAUAGAUGUUAAACUCGGAUGAGGGAUUGAGGAUCGUGAAAGGGAGGCUAUCAUGUG